AUGGCUGAAGCAGUGGACGGGGCGCACGAGGCGAUUGUCUGGAAGGUGGAGCCGCACUCCUCCGUUGCGGAGGCCGACGACUUCGACCGCUCGUCGAGGCAGCUCGAUCGGCCGAGGUUUAAGAUCGAGCGGAGGCUGUCGUUCGAGGAACGGUCGCUCAGCGAUCUCUCCAUCACCGGUAAUCUCAGGCAGGUCGACAGCUACGGCAGCAUGCACUCCUUUGGCGCGGUGCCCACGCCGACCUCGCCGGGUUGGAGCCCGUUCGAGCUGCCUCCGAUGGUCGAUGAGGCAUGGGAUGCCCUUAGGAAGUCCGUCGUCUUCUUCCGGGGGCAGCCGGUGGGGACAGUAGCCGCCGUCGAUCACGCCUCGGGGGAAGUCCUUAACUACGACCAGGUGUUUGUCCGUGACUUUGUGCCAAGUGCUCUGGCUUUUCUAAUGACCGGUGAGCAUGAGAUCGUUAAGAACUUUCUCUUGAAGACAAUUCACCUUCAAAGUUUGGAAAAGAAGAUAGAUCAAUUCAAGCUUGGGGAAGGGGUGAUGCCAGCGAGCUUCAAGGUGAACAAUAAUCCAACCAGGAAAACUGAAACUCUAAUGGCGGAUUUUGGUGAGAGUGCGAUAGGGAGGGUUGCACCCGUGGACUCUGGUUUUUGGUGGAUCAUUCUUCUCCGUGCCUACACAAAAUCUACUGGUGAUCUAUCCUUGUCAGAAACCCCUGAAUGCCAAAAUGGGAUGAGGCUUAUCUUAUCGUUAUGCCUUUCCGAGGGGUUCGACACAUUUCCCACCUUGCUUUGUGCCGAUGGAUGCUCAAUGAUUGAUCGUAGAAUGGGUGUUUAUGGCUACCCCAUCGAAAUCCAAGCUCUGUUCUUCAUGGCACUGAGAUGUGCUCUAGCGAUGCUUAAAUCUGAUGCAAAAGGCAAGGAGUUCAUGGAGAGAAUAAUGAAGCGCUUGCAUGCCUUAGGUUACCACAUGCGACGUUACUUUUGGCUUGACUUCCAACAGUUGAACGAUAUAUAUCGCUACAAGACCGAAGAAUACUCCCACACAGCAGUAAACAAGUUCAAUGUCAUUCCUGAUUCGAUCCCGGACUGGAUAUUUGACUUCAUGCCUUGCCGUGGUGGCUACUUCGUCGGCAAUGUGAGCCCUGCAAGAAUGGACUUCCGAUGGUUUGCUCUUGGUAAUUGCAUUGCCAUACUGUCUUCGCUUGCUACACCAGAGCAGUCAGACGCAAUAAUGGACCUAAUCGAAGAGAGGUGGGAGGAACUGGUGGGUGAAAUGCCAUUGAAGAUAUCUUAUCCUGCUUUAGAAGGCCAUGAAUGGAGGAUCGUGACAGGUUGUGAUCCCAAAAACACCAGAUGGAGCUACCACAACGGAGGUUCUUGGCCAGUGCUUCUAUGGCUGCUCACUGCAGCCUGCGUCAAGACAGGCAGGCCGCAGAUUGCUAGAAGAGCGAUCGAGCUUGCCGAGAACAGGCUGUCGAAGGAUGGAUGGCCGGAGUACUAUGAUGGGAAGCUUGGGAGGUACGUCGGAAAGCAAGCCAGGAAGUUUCAGACGUGGUCAAUCGCCGCUUAUUUGGUGGCUAAAAUGCUGCUCGAGGACCCUUCUCAUCUUGGGAUGAUAUCUCUGGAGGAGGACAAGGUGAAGGCGCCUCCCAUGAAGAGGCCGGCUUCAUGGACUGCGUAA